UUCAUAUUUGUUAUUAUCAUACGUGGAGAAAAGCUUAUCCGAUUUAAUAGCAUAUAGCAUGCCUUAGACUAGAUAUUAUAAGUCAUCUAAAAUUUGAAAAUAUUAAUCAAAAUUACAUCAAGCAAGUAUUAGAAUAGUAGCCACAAAUGAUUUAGAAUUUGAAAGAGAAGCCAUAAACAUUAAUUAAAAAGAGAAAGUAUCAAAAUUACACUUGAAUCUUAUUGAAAUGUAAUAUGUAAAAAUUAAUUAAUCUUUAUAGAGUGAAUGAAGGAAGGGAGUUAUAGAGUGAAGUUAAAAUAAUAUUUUAAAAUCAUAGUGAUCAUCCUCUUACAUUUUCAAGUUUAAUUUAUGUUAUGUAUAGGAGAAAUCGUAAGUAAGGAUUGAGAUGAUCAAUCAAGUUUUUAGAAAUUGAAGAGGGCCUGAUUACAAUUGAGACCUGUGGGCCAAAUGGAUUUUACGAAAAUUAAAGAAAUUUUAGGCUCUAAAUAUUCG